UUCGCAAUAAGAGCUUGUAAUCAUUAAUGAAUCCCUAAAGGAAAAUAGAAUAUAAUCGUUGUGGGGCGUAGCCGCUGGAUAUCCUCCAAUCGGUGCUUAUUCGGACUUCGAUCCACAAAUGGAGCAUGCCUCCAACUAUUGAUCUCGCGCCCUUCUCGAUAUUUCUCUAUUCGAGAGGGAAUCAGCUGACUGAUAUAUCUCUCAGUGUUUAACGAGAAACGCAAAAAGAUCUAGUUUCAUUCAAAAACUACUUUUGAAACUUACACAACCUUAAAUUUACCCAAAACAAAGUGCUAAUGCUUAAAAAAAAUUCAACAGAAGUUGUGUUUAAAUAAAAAAAGGUGGAAAAAUAAUAAAUUAAAUUGAAAAUGUGAAUAAAGUGAGUUUUUUUUUUGAUUGGGAAAAGAUAAAACCAAUUUUCUCUUUAAUUGUACCCAUAACAAAGAGAUUUUUUUUUCGAUUUAAAAAAAAUGAUUUGAAUUGAUUGUGCGUUCAGAGAACAGUUGGAUGAUCAACAACAAUAACAAGCCGAUAAAAUGGACUAUAUAAGGGAAUUUGAUAUCCGCUUGGAUAAAGAGUAUUAUUACGCGGGGGAACAAGUAAGCGGAGCCGUUAUUUUGGACACGAUUGAAAAUUUCAAAUUAAAAACAAUUAGAGUAAUUUUAAGAGGAAAAGUUCACGUCGAAUGGAGAAUUUUACUAUCUGGCGAUCGAAGAACGGUGAAGGAAGAUCAAUAUUUCGUGGAUGAGCGCCAGGUAAUUUGGGGCGAGCAAAAUUCGGAAAAUACAAUCCCCAUACUUCCACGAGGAUAUCACAGAUUUAAUUUCCAGUUUAAACUUCCCGAAUCGAAUUUGCCGUGCUCAUUCGAGAGCAAACCAUGUUGUAUUCGUUAUUACAUAAAAGUAACUGUCGAUAUUCCUUAUGCGAGUCCCCCGCAAGGAAUGAAGUACUUCACGAUAAUUGGCCCCCACAUCGAUUGCAUGGACGAGCAAUAUUUGAAACCCGUGGUUUUUGAGGAUGAUAAAAGCACGUGUUGUUGGUGUUGCAAAAAGAGCACGGUGAGUUUACGAUGCGUCCUCGAACGCUCAGCUUACGUUUGCAAGGAAAGUUUAAAAUUAAAGGCGACAAUAGAUAACCGAAGCGACGAAGAGGUGGCUCUACGAGUACGAUUAGAACAAUGUUGCGAAUUCUUUAUUGAUAGAGGAGUUUUGGGAGUUAGUAAAGAUAUCAAACAUCUCGUUUUCGAAUACAGGGGGAGCCAAGUGAAACCUAACUCCCGCACGAAAUGGGAUAGCUCAAAUAGUCUCGUAAUUCCCCCAAUGCCGACCACUUUAGUGGGAAUUUGCCGCCUAGCCCAAAUCUACUACGUGUUAACCGUCAGUUUAGACACUCAAAAAGACGCGGACAUUGUUCAAUUAAGUUUUCCGAUUACGAUAGCGACUGUGCCUUUCCGAAUACCAAACUCAACAACACCACCAAUUAUUAAAUACGAACAUGCAGCCUCGCAUGUCGAAGGGGGCCAAUACAUAGGCCCCGAAUUCCUUUUGGGCCAAGUCUACGACGGAAAUGAUCAUAACUUACGGGAAUCGGUCGUUUUAUAUCGCCCAGUUUACGUCACGGUCGACACCCGAUCAGAAGAAGGACCUAAAAAGUAAAAAGAAACACAAUUUACGUAAAUUCUUUGAUUAUACAAAGAAGAAGACAAUAUUUUUUUAGUUUAAAACUUCGAUUUCAAUUUAAACGUCAUUUUUACGUUUGACAUUUAAACGUCAAAAAAACUUUGAGGUUAAAACGUCAAAUUUGACAAUUAAAAAAAUUUUGAGGUUAAAACGUUAAUUUUGGGGUUUAAAUUGAUUGGGAAUGUAAAACAAGGUCGAUUUAAAUAAAACGCAAUUAUCUAAAAAGAAAUACAGGGUGAAACAUAUUUAAAAAAACGAUUUGAAAAGAAAAAAACUUUCUACGCUAUUAUACACACAAAAACCCUUCUAAUUAGUAAUUUUUUAAAAAGAAAUGAAAAAUAAUGAAUACAUUAACAAGACUGAUUUGAGUGAAUUGACUUUUUACACAUUUUCGCCUACUUAUCAUUGAAUUAAUUAAAUUAAAUGUUAAAAACGAUUCGUUAAAGAAAAAAGGUCGAAAUAAGAAGCAAUAAAUAAAAAAAAUCUUAACAAAAAAAUAAAUAAAUGUUUUUAACUCUUAAAAAUUGAAAUAAAUGUUUUAAAACUUAAAUCCCCCUCUGUAAAAUUCUUAAAAUAAACAAAAAACUACUUAAAAAUCCACUUUUAGAUGUUGUCUGUUGAUGUUUCAAUUUUAAUCUGAAACAAAAAUUAAUUUUAAUUAAAUCCGACAAUCCACGUUGCAUACACCAACAAAAAAAAAUAAAUUCACCAACAACACUCACAACACACGAAAAAACGUGAUUAGCUCAAUGAAACAAAAAUUAAUGAAGUAAUGAAGAAUUAAAGAGAGGAAAUAAAUAAAUAGUUGCAAACAAUUUUAUGUGUAAUUUAAAUAAAGAGAAAUAAUGUUAAGUGAG